AUGAGUGGAGACGCGAGUGGGGCGCGCGCGGGAGACGCAGAGGACGCACACGCUCGCAUCACAUCGUCAUCUGUGUUGUGGGAGAGACGCAUCGAGCAGAGUAUUUUUGUGGAUAUCAGUGAUGAUGAAAGCCUGAAUUUCAGUGAUGUACAGGGCGCCUUCACUGUGCACCUGUCCCAGGGGUCUGAUUCACCGGAGAGCCCAAAAUUCACAGACAACACAGAGCUAUCAGGUGAGACUGAAGAGAGCUCCACAGAAAGUGCCGAAUCCAUCAGCAAUGAGCGUUCAGAGCACAAAAACACCAGGAAUAAAUCCACAAACCAUCCAAUACAGAAACAGAGAACUGCAGUAAAGCCGGUCAGUGGAAAACAUCAAGAUGAUGCUAUCAACACCAGUGAUGAAGAGCAUGAGGAGCUCCCAUACGACGGUGCACACACCAAUCACAAAACCAAAUCAAAAUCAUCUAAUCUUUGUGAAACCGUUGCUGGGAUGCCCAUUCAGGAUUUUAACGUUAAAGACACCUUGCAAUCAGUUCUUGCUUCCGAUCACAAAGCAACGCAGGACGUGGCUCCUCCCUCAGCCAAGCCCAUCCAAGCUGCGACCCACAUCACUGAUUUUCUUCUCAGACACUUUUCUCGGGAAGAACUGCUGAACCCAUGCAAGAUGAUCGAUGCUGAGACCCUACCAGAGAUCUCUCUGAUGGACAGCAUUGAUGAAAGCGUGCUGAAUCGAGUUUCUAAUGCUCAACAAGUCAGCUCAGAUGAAAGGGAAAAUGUUCAAAAUAAAUCUGAGGAACCUGAUUCCUCAACUGCUGAGGGUCAUGGCUUGUUUGAAGAUUUAGGAAAAGGUACGCAAGAAGCAGCAAGCAACUGCAGUGAUGCAAACAUAUGCAUCGAUGAUGCAGAUACCAGUCGAGGCUCUGAUGCGGUAUCCAUUGUGGAUGAUGAAGAUGAAGAUAAUCAUCCUAAACUGUCUAAAACAGACCCUAAGCUUACCUUCAGCAGGACCAGGUCCUUCAGUGAAAUGAAAUAUGGACAGGGACAGGUGCAUUACCCUCUACCUGACUUCUCUAAAGUGGCACCUAAAGUUAAAAUACCUAAAGGUAAUGGAUCCGUUAAACCCAUCGGACAGUUACAAACUAUAUCUCGAGUUCAGUCUUCACCGGGAAUUCUGGGUAAAAGCCCCUCCUCGUGUACAGCCACAGCUGAUGUCAUCAGCAGGGUUUUAGAAGACUCUCUUUUCUUCCCAGAUAAGGAAGAACAAGCUGGCCUAGCACAUCAGUUACAGGCUGAGUAUGACAGGUUACUCGCUAAAUACACUGAAACUGAGAAUCUUAUUGGCCAGCAGAUCCAUGCCUCCAGUGAGCCUUCUGUGUCUAUCAACUGGAAUGAGACCAUCGGCAAUAAUGACAACACCAAACUGACAGCAAAUACCCCACAGGCACCAACUGCAGGCAAGAUGUCAUUUUAUGUCUUGCUUUAA